GCGGGCGCUGGCAGGAGCUGGGUGCUCCUCCUGUUCGUCCGCACCCGCGCUCCACGCCCGGUGAGCCCACGCUGGCCGCGGCCAGGGCGCCCGCGCGCUGCAGGCCGGGCCUCGCACUCGCUCACGGUCUUUGUGUCUUCUCUCCCGCCCCUUCUCCCUCCGCCCGCCGCCGUCUCCGGCCGCCACGAUGCCACUGCGCCCUGUUGCCGCCGCCGCCAACUCGCUCCGCCCGCGGCGCACUGCUCGCUGCGGCGGUGGCGGCGGCUCGUGUCCGACGCGGGCCUGAAGGAGGAAGAAGAGGAAGCGAGGCGCGUCCUCCAGCCCAUGCCGCAGCCACGGCCCGGGACCCGCCACGGCGCCCGCGCCGCCGCCCUCGCCGGAGCCCACGAGACCUGCAUGGACGGGCAUGGGCUUGAGAGCAGCAUCUUCCUGCGCCGCCGCCGCCGCCCUCGCCGCUGCCGCCGGGGCUGAGCAGCGCCCCCGCCCCCGGCUCUGCCCGCCGCCCCUGGGGCUGCUGCUUCUGUUGCUGCUCAGCCUCGGGCUGCUUCACGCAGGUGACUGCCAACAGCCAGCCCAAUGUCGAAUCCAGAAAUGUACCACGGACUUUGUGUCCCUGACUUCACACCUGAACUCUGCCAUUGAUGGCUUUGACUCUGAGUUUUGCAAGGCUCUGCGUGCCUAUGCCGGCUGUACCCAGCGAACUUCAAAAGCCUGCCGUGGUAACCUAGUAUACCAUUCUGCUGUGUUGGGUAUCAGUGACCUCAUGAGCCAGAGGAACUGUUCUAAGGACGGACCCACAUCCUCCACAAACCCUGAAGUGACCCAUGACCCUUGUAACUAUCAUAGCCACACGGGAGCCAGAGAACACAGGGGAGGGGACCAGAACCCUCCCAAUUACCUUUUUUGUGGCUUGUUCGGAGAUCCUCACCUUAGAACUUUCAAGGAUCACUUCCAGACAUGCAAAGUGGAAGGGGCCUGGCCACUCAUAGAUAAUAAUUAUCUUUCAGUUCAAGUGACGAAUGUGCCCGUGGUCCCUGGAUCCAGUGCUACUGCUACAGAUAAGAUCACCAUCAUCUUCAAAGCCCACCGCGAGUGUACAGAUCAGAAAGUAUACCAAGCUGUGACAGAUGACCUGCCAGCUGCCUUUGUGGAUGGCAGCACCAGCGGAGGGGACGGCGACACCAAGAGCCUGCGUAUCGUGGAGAGGGAGAGCGGCCGCUACGUGGAGAUGCACGCUCGCUACAUAGGGACCACGGUGUUCGUGCGGCAGCUGGGUCGCUACCUGACCCUCGCCGUCCGCAUGCCUGAAGACCUGGCCAUGUCCUACGAGGAGAGCCAGGACCUGCAGCUGUGUGUGAACGGCUGCCCCCUGAGCGAGCGCAUUGAUGACGGGCAGGGCCAGGUGUCUCCCAUCCUGGGGCACAGCCUGCCUCACACGUCCUCGGCCCAGGCCUGGCCUGGCUACACACUGGAGACUGCUAACGCUCAAUGCCACGAGAAGAUGCCAAUGAAGGACAUCUAUUUCCAGUCCUGUGUCUUUGACCUGCUCACCACGGGGGAUGCCAACUUCACCGCCGCAGCCCACAGUGCCUUGGAAGACGUGGCGGCACUGCACCCCAGGAAGGAACGCUGGCACAUUUUCCCAAGCAGUGGCCGCGGGACUCCCCGUGGAGACAGCCAUUUGUCUGUCAGUCUAGGCCUCGCGUGCUCCAUCCUUAUCGUGUUUUUGUAGGGGUUGUCUUUUGUUUUGUUUCUGUUUUUGUCUAUAACAAAAUUUUAAAAUAUAUAUUGUCAUAAUAUAUUGAGUAAAAGAGUAUAUAUGUAUAUACCAUGUAUAUGACAGGAUGUUUGUCCUGGGACACCCACCUGAUUGUACAUAUUGUGUUUGACUGUUUUCACGUCUGUUGGAU